GUUUGUAGGCGUGUCCAUCAAUUUUUGUGUGCUUGAUCUUCCAAUGCGCAUACGUAUGCUUUGGAACCCGUCUCUGACACUGUGGGAGCCCAAAUCAGACGUCGGGCUGCCAAGGCUUCACGUGUGAGUCACGUGCCCAUCUAAUGGCGACUCUGAAAAGUUGUGCAGGAGGGAAAGGAAGUUCCAAGAAGCAGGCGUCUAUUUCAGGAUUCUUCUCCCGCGGUCAAGUUUCUGACAACUCGCAAAAGUCUGAAGAAGUUCAAGGAACAGUCGAGUUAGAUUCAGAAGUCAGCCUCACUGAUGGUCAAGGCACCGAACAAGUGACACCUAGCGAGGUUUCUACCGCUGCUGGGCCUUCCAGUGGAUUGGUUCUAGAAGCCGCUAACGUUCUAGUAGGCCCUCAUCAACCUCGAUCCAAAGAUUUGUUUGGUGGAAGUUUUCCGAGGAGGCAAAUUUUGCGUCAGCGAAGAAGUUUUCAGGAGACUUGGUAUUCCCAGUUCCCUUGGCUGGAGUAUAGUGAGAAGGUGGAUUCUGCAUUUUGUUUUGCGUGUCGCCUAGCUGAGCAGAGCGGAAAGCAUGGCCACUACGAUGCAUGCUUUACUGAAAGAGGCUUUCGAAACUGGAAAACGGCACUAGAUGACUACAGAAAGCACGAGUCUUCGCAUGUGCACUGCUUGGCGGCAGCUGUGUGGAAUCAGGCAAGACAUGUUGCCGAAUCGGGUACGUCUGUAGCCCAGUCUGUCAGUACUGCGCACCAAUUAAGAAUAACCUUGAACAGACGAAAUCUCGGGAAAGUGUUUGAAACUAUCCUUUAUCUUGGGCGACAGUCUAUUGCUUUGCGUGGACAUGACGAAACGGAAGAUUGCACGAACAGAGGGAAUUUUCUCGAACUGUUACAUCUGCGGGCAUCAGAUAAUCCUGAGCUUGAGCAACACCUGCAAGGAACGUUUACGUACACCUCUCCACAGAUUCAAAAUGAAAUUCUAGCUCUUUGCGGUCACAAGAUUCAGCAGUCGAUAGUCCACGAACUCCGAACGUCCGGUAUGUAUGGACUGAUUUGUGACGAAACCACAGACGUAUCGAGACAAGAGCAGAUGUCCAUUUGUGUUAGGUACGUAAGUGAAUCAAUGACAGUAAAGGAACGCUUCUUGGGCUUUUGGCCAGCCGAAAGUACCGAUGGAAAGUCACUGUUCAAUCUUCUAAAUCAAGCUUUGAAUGAGUUAGGAAUUCCUGUAGGUCAAAUGAGAGCUCAGUGCUAUGACGGUGCGUCCAAUAUGCGAGGGAGAUACAAAGGUGUCUGUACUCGUUUUCAGGAAGUGGAAAAGAGAGCUCUAUACAUCCACUGCCAUGCUCACGUGCUGAACCUUACUCUAGCGAAUGCUUGUUCCGCGGUCCAGGAUAUUAGAAACGUUCUUGGAGUGGUAAACAGCCUCUACAAACUGCUGGAAGGAUCGGCAAAGAGACAUUCGCGGUUUCAGGCUAUCCAGGAGAAGCUAGGAGGCAGUUCUGUCACUCUCAAGAGACUUUGUGAAACUAGAUGGUCUUCACGCUAUGAAGCUGUACAUGCUAUCAAGUCCAGUUUUGAUGCGAUCAUUCACACUCUUGAAGCAAUUUCAACUGAAGAUGCCGAAUUAGGACCAGAAGCAUCCUGUCUUCUGAAGUCUGUUCAGACUUUCCACUUCUUCUUCUAUAUUUCAGUGUUGGAAGAGGUACUUGGGAAAACUGCUGUUCUUUCACGCUACUUACAAGGUCGGCGUGUCGAGCUGUCUGGAGUCAAGUCGAAAGUUUCUAGCACAAUCAAAGCCGUGGGUGCACUUCGUGAAGACUUUCAAGACGUCUGGAAAAAUACUGAAGACAUUGCGUCAAAACUAAGCUUGGAACUUCCACAACUUCCGCGCAAACGUAAAGUAGCACAGCGACUGGCCAUGGAUGGUGGUGGUACACCAUAUUACCCUCAGUCUUGUCAAGAGCAAUAUAAACUGGUUUACAAUGAGGUCGUAGAUAUCGUGCGAAUGGAAAUGAAAGAGAGAUUUCGUGAGAAUGAAUAUGAAGUUCUGGCUGCAGUCGAAAAACUUCUAGUAGACUCACUGACAGAGAGCCGACCAGACCGGUCGAGUCUUCAGACAGUGUGCACAUUUUAUGGCAACGACUUCAAUUCUGGCCGACUUGAGCAUGAACUUGAAAUUUUUUAUGGUAAUAUUCAAGCGUACCAAGGCGAACCGGACUGGACUGUAGAGAGUGAAGAGGGAACUGACUUGCCCGAACUUGUAAAAGUCCGGACGUUCUUCAACAAAGGCACUAACAGGGACUGCUACCCAGAAACUUGUAAGCUUCUUAAGACACUUCUUGUCAUUCCUGCAUCUUCAUCGGAAUGUGAACGAUCAUUUUCCACUCUCCGUCGUUUGAAAACGUGGCUCAGAACGUCGAUGGGACAAGAACGUCUGACUAGUCUAGCACUCCUGACAGUCGAGCGCGAAGAAUGUCGAAAAUUGGAGUGUAGAGUGGAAGACCUUGUUGCAGAGUUUGGGUCUAGUGGACGAAGGCGUUUACUGUUAAAUUAGUUUAUCGCACCUCCGUGACGUCUAGAACAGCUGUUGCAUUUAAACUAUGCUACGCUAUCUAGAGUACCCUGGAACCGUUGGUUAAUUGCAAACUAUUUAGCUGCCAGUAGAACGUACUCUGCUCACACAAGAAUGAUCAAUUCUCCAAGCUCCCACGUAUGCACCACUCAGUCUUCAAGUACGCAUGUGACAGCUUUUUGCCCAUAUGUAGGUACGUACUACGAAGGCAAGAAGUGUGUGGUUGGCUGAUUUGACUGAUGAAGUGGGCGUGUCCCGUUGCGUCGCAAAGUCUAGCCCCCCCAAUCCUAGAG